CAGUGUGUGUGCUCCAUUUCAUGUUCUAGACUGGAAAGAAAGCUGCCAAGACAAUUUAUGUACAAGGACUGCCUUUUGUAUUUAUCCACCUGCUUUUUUUAGUAUACCAGACUGUUAUUGGGAGGGGCUUGCACAAUGAUUAACUUGGACUGAACAACAUAUGUCUCAGGCAACGCAUGAUUCUCACUACCUAAGCAAUGGUAUUUGCUAUCAGGUUGUAUCCUUCUCUACGUUCUGAUGAAAUGGACAAACUAGGGUGUCUUCUAUUCGUUCUACUGUUUAGUUCUCUUGUAGCGGAUGGUCAAAGUUCAGACUGCUCCAAAUCAUCUUUGAAAAAUUGCUAUUUUGUCCCUGAAGAAAACACUUAUAAGCAUGGCAGUGACAUUACAUAUGCCUGUGAAAAGGGUUAUAAAAGAAGGGAAGAGGGAUGGUGGGGUACCAGCAAAUGUGUUAAUGGCACAUGGUCACCUGAACCUGUAUGUAUAGAUGAAAAUGAAUGUUUCGCCCCUGAUGUCCCUAAUGCUGAAACCAGACAGCUUGAAACUGGAAAAGUUCUAAUUGAAUGUGAGGCUGGAUAUGAAAUAGACACCAGCAUCACUUCAAUAAUAAUAACAUGUAAGGAUGGAGAAUGGUCAACAGGAUCAUGUAAAAAGAGUGCAACUGCAUGUGGUGCACCUGCUUUUGUGUCUGAUGCUGUUAUCAUCCAUAAAUACCAGGACACAUUUGGGGAUAAAAAGGCAGUAGAGUAUAAAUGUAAGGAUUCCUAUACUUUGGAAGGUUCUAUGAAAAGUGUCUGCGAGGACGGGAAAUGGAGCUCACCGCCCAACUGUCUAAAGUUAAUUGAACCAACUCCAGCACCAAGACCUGUCCAACCUAAGCCUGCUGCUGAUGACACAACAGGUGAUGGACAUUUUGUUUUCUCACGACACGAUAGAUCGUUGAAAAAUAUGGCGUCACUGUAA